CUGAGUCUAUGUCUCCAGAAUCUGUAUGCUGAAUCUCAACCCUCUAGCUUUUAUAGCUCCUUAUACGGACAGUCGGACAUGACCAGAUCGACUCGGCUAUUGAUCUUGAUGAAGAAUAUAUAUAUAUAUAUAUACAGUCGGCGGAAUAAAUCGACGGGAUAAGCCGACGGUACAUGGCGCGACAAGUCACGUUUUCGGGGAGUUUGAAUUUUUCUGUUACGACACGUUUUUACAUUCAUUGUGUUCGAAGCUGUGCUAGAUAAAUAACAGCCAACGUACAUACAUGUAAUCGCUGAUAAAAAAUCGUAUUAAAUAACCAUGUGGGAUUUAUUGAUUAAACAUCUGGUGAAGUUAACUUAUUGGGGUGCUAGCUUUAUCAUUUUAAGAAUUUUUUUCAUAGAUUCCAUUUAAGUUAAUUUAAAUGAAUUCGUAGCCUUCAUUCAAACCCAUCCUUGAAAAAUACCAAAUCGUCUAUCGUCUAUAAAGACACUUGUAAACGGUCACAUUGAUAUAACGGCAAGACCAUAUGUUAUUUUAUUUGCGAUGGUCACACAGAAAAGUUGCAACCAAAUAUCGUUUUGGAAUUUUUUACAAGGAACUCAAAAAGGAACAGCCAGUGCAUGAUUAGGAAUUUGAGCGCCUCAAAGACCCACAGCCAGAUCGAAUGGCGUCCGAAGAGCGGGAUGGGGAUGUCCUGCUCCAGUUGCAUCCCGAGGAAGUCGUGGAAACUGACCCACAGCUGCCCGAGGAAAUCGAGCGCUGUUCUGGACUAGAUUAUAACGAUUUUUUCUGGCGCUACAUGCACAAGAACAUACCGGUCAUCAUAGCCAAUGUGUCUAACGACUGGGAGUGCCAGAACUGGACUGUAGGCCAGUCCAGUCCAGAGUCGCGGGAUCUCAACUCCAAUCCGAGUGCAUCUUCCAUCAACUUUGACUACCUCAAAACCAAGAUCAGCGAUGGCCCGGUUCCAGUUGCCAAUUGCAAUUCGUCGUACUUCAAUAGUCACACCAAACUGGAGCUCAACUUCCACGACUACCUGGCCAAGUGGAGGAGUAGCAUCGAAAGUCAAUCGUCAGCAGCGUGGACGUCGGCGGAAGUGAAUAGUAAUGUGGCUCCCGCGAGCGGGGACAAUCUCUACCUCAAGGACUGGCAUCUGGCUGCCCAAAUGCCGGGCUAUAACUUCUACAAGGUGCCUAAAUACUUUGCCUCCGACUGGCUCAACGAACAACUGAUUCAGCAGGGGAAAGACGACUAUCGAUUCGUCUAUAUGGGGCCCAAGAACUCAUGGACCUCCUAUCAUGCGGACGUGUUUGGCUCCUUCAGUUGGUCCACCAAUAUAGUGGGCCUUAAGAAAUGGCUGAUAAUGCCGCCGGGAGAAGAACUCAAACUCAACGAUCGCUUGGGAAACCUGCCCUUUAGUAUAGACGAGAAAAUGCUGGAUGAGCACAACGUGCGAUAUUACACCAUUAAUCAGCGGGCCAAUGAAGCUGUUUUCGUGCCCAGUGGCUGGUUUCAUCAGGUGUGGAACCUAACAGACACCAUAUCCGUCAAUCACAACUGGUUCAAUGGCUGCAACAUAUCCAUGGUCUGGCAAAACCUUAAGAACAACCUGAAGGCCGUUUGCAAUGAGAUCUCCGACUGCCAGCAGAUGGACAACUUUGAGGCCCACUGCCAGACAAUGCUGAGGGCCAGCUUUGGUAUCAACUACCUCGAUUUUAUAGAACUACUGGAGUUUAUAGCCGCUCGCCGAUUGGCAGAGGGAACCGUAGCCACCAAAUUUUUACUAUUCGAUAGUUACACAAUGAACGAUUAUCAUGUGCAAUACGAUCUCGAGUGCUUAUGGAAGAUCACCCGGACUCUAACAGAGGAUCCGACUAUCCAGUGUAGUCCCCUCCAAUUAGAAGAUCGCUGCCAGGGAUUGCUCGCUCGUUUAGAGUUUUAGAAUAAGCACAGCUCAAAUGCCUCGGCAUAUUUUUAUACCAAUACUUGUAUUCAUAUACAACCGAAAGUCGUAAUAUUUUAAUACAGACAUUUAAACACC